UGCCUUUAUAUCAUACCUUUAACGGUGUAUUGCAGCCAAAGCAAACACUUGCUCUCAAACAGCAGGUCUUUACGUCAUUUAAAUAUUGAGUACUUCGCAAUCGUCCACGAUAACGAUACGCCGAAGGCCGAAUUGGUGUCACCGAUGAGCGAACGUACGUACACUUGGGCGGCGCAAAGCAUCCCAGAUAAUCGUUUGCCGACCUCGCCAUCGUUUUUUUUUUUUUCCUUUCUUCCUUUUUACGACAAUGCUGGUGAAUGGAUUGAUGUGCGCGGAGCUGUAUUUACCCAGCCGCAUCCGAUCGUUCGAUCAGGCAGACGGAUGGCGCGGCCGGAAUGCCCCUCUGCUCUUCCUCGUCGUAUCCGCCGUUGUGGCUCGACGCACGAUAGCUUUUCAUUUCGUUACGUGUCUGUCCCACAGUUGGUUAGUGGUACGCUUGCCCGCCGAUCUCACUCUCUGUAUAAACGAAAGGACGACGAAUGUACGCCAAGAGUGAAUCGCGAGCACGGCUCGAUUACGUCGAGGAGCGCGUACAGCCGCUGAGGAGAUAUACCGAUCUUUAACCCGCCGACGAUGCACACUUCAGUCAAUAAUAAGUGUGACAAUUGCCACUAGAGAGUUCAAUGACGGAUCAGCGUUUGCAUAAGAGCGUAGUUAUAAUUCAAUUAUAUCCUGAAGUCAUGCGGACUGAAUGCGGUUACGUGUAAAUGUAGAAUUAGCUAACAAUAAGUUGUUAUUCUGUUAUCACUCAUCACCAUUUUAAUAAGAGUGAGUAAUCAUCAGCAUAAAGUCAUAUUGCACAUUAGUGCUAUGCUUUUUUUUUACAAGAACACCUAAUAACGUAUUAUACCACUAUAGUGUGACCGAUUCCUUUAAUUUGUAAAAAGUAAAAAGAUCUGCUUCUUAUGUAUUAUAUUAUUGCGCGAUUUUUAUCCUCAGAAUGGGCAUAAGGGCACGAUCACAUUUUUUUCUGCACUCACCUUCGCGUGUUUAACAAAGUUGAAAAUAAAUUCCAUUGUAAAUCGCUAUCGCGAAUUAUGUCGUGUGCUUACGUAGUGUCAAGAGAUAUCGGAACCAAAAGCACGGUAAAAACGGCACACGUCAUAUUAUACAGCGAACAACUCGCUUAUAUAUGAGAAACGUUGCAUUAUCUUGAAACCUUGAAGAUAGGAGGGAGUUCUUAAAGGAGCAACUAACGCGGAUGAUCGCAUUCGACCGCUUCUUCACUCGACUAUAAACAGUCUAAUACGCGCUGAUUUCGACUUGUGUAAGUGAUAGCGACAUUACGUAACGAUACUUGCGUAUACAGGUAAAUUAGCGGUACGAGUGACAAGCAGAAGAUGUUGUUCCGGAGUCUAUAGAACAAUCCGGGAAUCCUUGAAAAGCAAAUUCUCGCAACUGAUUUCAUCCCGUCGCAUUUGCAGUGCAAAGAUACACAAUGACGGUGACGACCCUUCGUUUCAUGAUUUUCGUCUGCAGUCUUGCUUUAAGCACAGGCUGGUCUCAGAAUUGUCAGGAUCAAGAUACGGGAUGGGAAAAAAUAAUCGAAGCUAAGCCUGCAAACGCUGCAGAAACUAUAUUAUACACAAACAGUGCCAUAGGUAACGACGGUAUUAUCGUGCCUUGUUUUGACAGAUGUAAAAGCUUGAAUUGCACAGCGUUUGUGAUCGACUUCGCGAGAAACAUUUGUUAUAGCGUGCAAAUAAAAAGCGAGGAACUCAUUCCUGAAACUAACGCAACGUUUUUCCACAAAAUUUGUAUUAAAGUUUCACCAAAUUGCAAGCGGCAAAGACUGUGGCAAGUAGAAAGAACUUUGGGAGCUGUUUUAAAAGAUGGACACUCCAACUCAUAUUAUCAAGCAUUGUUACAAAGAAACGAAUGUUACGAGAAGUGUCUGCAAGCAGGAAAUGAAUGCGAAUCUGCGCAAUUUCGUACGAGCAAGCCUUUGUCAAUUGACAAUACUAUUGGCACGUGUUCGUUGUCAAAAUUCGAGAGAGGUACUAGACCGCAGGCUUACAGAUCGUCAAUGUAUCGGGAUGAGUAUCUGCAAGAUCAGUGCCAUAAUAUAUCGAAGAAAAGCUAUUGUUCCUAUGCGGAGUUUCGGAACGUAACAUUGCCAUACUCGGAUGUGGCGUUGCCGGGACUCGAUAUAAAGCAGUGCGAGGAGAAAUGUGAUCGCAGCGAGAAUGGUUUCAUAUGCAGAGCCUACACCGUCGACUAUUCGGAAGAGAAACCAUUCUGCUUACUGCAUUCUGACGAUACAAUCAGUCUUGGAGUUAGUUCGCUAGUUGCCAGACUGAACGUCAUUUAUAAAGAACAAGAAGCUUGCCUAGAUUUGAAAGUACAAUGCGGAGAAUCAAUCAUGACAGUUACAUUAACCACUACGGAGCCUUUUGACGGACGGAUAUACGUGAGCGGUUAUGGAGAUACUUGCGGUGUUAAUGGUGUUGGAAAAAAUGUGACAAUCUUAAGAUUACCACUGCCGAAAAAAGAGUCCAUCGGUCAAUCUCAUAUUGAGUGUGGUCUUACACCUGCGUUUUCUAUUGACAACGAAAAUCGAACGCAUACAUUGGUUUGGGCCACCAUUGUGAUACAAUAUAAUCCGAUUAUUCAACGAUUGGGAGAUCAAUCGGUGAGAGUUGGAUGCUCAUUAGACGGUCGCGAUAUCCCGGAGCCGAGAAACGUGUCCGUUAAUUCGAGUUUUUCUUUCUUGGAUCCAAACGCAGGCGUGCCGCCGGUUGGGUCCAUCAUAAUAAACGCAUCAUCCGAAGCGCCAGUGGUGACGAUGAGAAUCCUCAACGAAGAACAUAUGGAUGCAGUCGUUACUCAAUUAGGACAGAAGCUCACGCUCAGAAUCGAAAUUCAACCUGUUGACGGACCUUACGAUAUCAUAGCUGGACAUCUCGUAGCUAGUAGCGCAUCCGGAGAUUCCUCAUAUCUUCUUCUGGAUGAAUCUGGAUGCCCGACGGAUCCGGCAACUUUUCCCGCGUUAUUAAAGGAUCCAAUGGACAACCGUUCUCUGAUCUCAACAUUUACUGCCUUCAAAUUUCCCGAUAGCCAAAUUGUGCGAUUCAAUGUCAUCGUUAGAUUUUGUCUCGAAGAAUGUGAGCCGACUACUUGCAGAGGAGGACAGAUUUCGUAUGGCAGAAAGCGACGAUCGAUCGAGCAGCCGCUCAUCGCCGAGGUAACAGAAAUUUUCAGAAACCUCACCCCCGCGGAAUUACCGUUACAACUAUCUAUCGUCGUUCAAAGUCCGGUGAUAACAGCAGACCAUUUACUGUCCAGGGAAAAUUCGGUUCCUGAUACAGUUGUGAUCACCGGCGGAAGAUCUAUAGAUGGUCUUUUUUGCGUGGAUGCGAGUCUGGCUCUGGGUCUUCUGAUCUUUUGGUUAAUAAUCCAGAUUGUACUCACCAUCGGCUGCCUUUUAACAGUUCGUCGCUAUAGAAAAAUGGCUGUUGAAGCCGAAGAAGACAGAGCUGAUAUACUGGCGAGGCAUCUUUACGGGAUUCACGGAGGAAACUUUGAAAUCGCACGAAGAGUUAGGUGGGCCGACCGAAAUGAUUCCUCGAUCGAUUAGUUCCUUUUUUCAAUUUUUCAAGCAAAAAAAGAUUUAGAUACUGAAUUAGUGCAACAUUUUUUCAAGUAAAAUCAGAAACAAAAUUUUCAGUUUUAA